AUGAUGCAUUUUAAAAAUAAAUCACUAUGUAGACAACUAUAUGUGAAAAGGAAAAUAACCUUUAGUAUUUGCAAUAAAAUGAAUGUUCACUUCUUAAAUUAUGUUAAUUUUUCAAAUAAAUGUCUUGCAACAAAAAUAGUGAAUAAUGUAUAUUUUUCAACAUCAAAAAACACUGAUUAUAUUAAUUUUGUAAAUGAAAUAAAUAAUUUUAUUGAUGUCUUUCAAAAGAAUUCAGACGAUAAUUCAUCCAGUGGGGAAAACAUCCUCUCCGUAUUGCAAAAAAUAAAAAAUGAAAAAAUAUAUGAGCAAAAUGAAGAUCUCAUGGAAAUUAUAAGUAGCAUAAAAUUGCUAAUUGAUAAAAGAGUUCGUCCAGUGGUUGUGAAUGACGGAGGAGAUAUCAAAUUCAUAUGUUUCGAUGUAAAUGACGGCGUAGUUUACGUGCAACUGGAGGGAGCUUGUGUCACAUGUUCACAAAGUGAAAUAACACUUCAGUACAUGAUUAAAAAUAUGCUGACAUACUACAUAUCCGAAAUUAAGGAAAUUAAAAAUGUAUCAAAAAAUGGAGUUAUUCUUUAA